UCCAGUGCAUUAACAGUUGCUGAUCGUUUGGCUGCCGUUAAGCUGAAGAAAGUCCACAUCCUUUUUUCUGCCUAUCCCUGUCCGUGUGUGUGAGUCUGUGAGUGUGUGUUUGUUUGAAUGUGUGUUUGUUUCCAGCUCUCACCGGGUUGGGUGCGUUGUACAGAGGGCUUCCUGCUGCAUCCAUCUGCCUGAAAAUUAAAAGCGGCGAACUGUCACUGCACAUAGCAGGGUUUGAACAGACAGUGAAGCUGCUGGAAAGACCUCUUGACGUCCCUCCCGCUCAGGACAACAAAGGCAGCUCCUCACACAGCAGAGCAGCAGAUUGAAAGCUUCCAUCAGACUCAUGACUGUUUGAAGGGACGUGGACCCACUGUGGCCCAUGCACUGUACCCGUUUCCCACCCUGCCCUCCUUAUCCCUCAAGCUGACGCAAAACCCCAGACACCUACCCCCCCUCCCCCAUCCCCACUCCCACCCCAUCCCUAGCGACUCUCCACCUCCUGCCAUGGCGCCCGGCACAGAGACCGUGCACUACAUCCACCUUCACAACUCCAGCCAGUCGGUGCUGGAAGCCCUGCGGACGCAGCGGCGCGAGGGGCUCUUCUGCGAUGUGACGGUGCGGAUACAUGAUGCUUCACUACGCGCCCACGCCUGUGUCCUGGCAGCUGGCAGCCCCUUCUUCCAGGACAAGCUGCUGCUGGGCCACUCUGAAAUCUCUGUGCCACCCCUGGUGCCCGCCGAAACCGUGAAGCAGCUUGUGGAUUUCAUGUACAGCGGCUCACUGGUGGUGCUGCAGUCGCAGGCCCUCUGCAUCCUCACUGCUGCCAGCAUCCUGCAGAUUAAGACGGUCAUUGACGAGUGCACCCAGAUCAUCUCUCAGAGGAAGGCAGCGGCAGGGGCGGCGAGUGCAGCCGCAGCGGCGGCGGCAGCAGCAGUGGGAGGAGGGAUGCUCGGAGGAGUUCUGCCUAAACAAGAAGAGCGCGGCGGGGGAAACGGGACAGAGAGAGGCAGCAGUGGGAGCUGUUCUGGUGGAGGUUACGCAAAGUUCUCUAACUUCCUGGCUGAAUGUGGGGCAAGUAACAUGGGCGGGGGGUUGGGGGGUGCCGGUGUUAGCGUCAAUGAUAGCGGCCCGGGCCCAAUGGAGCAAGCCAACACCGUGAGUCUGAUGCCGCUAGGUGACAUGGGCCCUGGCUCCAUGUGUGGAGGUGACGGACUGGGCUCUGGGGCCGGCACAAUCCUCAUGAAGCAGAGCUCCAGCUGUACUCAGGACGUCAGGUACAAGCUCCGAGACCUCUUGGCACAGUCGGCCAACGGAGCCAGCACGAGUAGCACAGGAAACCUCUCAGCGGGCUGCAGCUCCGGUGUGGGCAGUGUGGACAGCAUCGGCAGGGACAGCCUCCGUGGCAAUACAACUGACCUCUCUGAUGACCUGGUGGGGAUGGACAGAUACAGCGAGGAGGACGACUUGGACGGGAGAGAGCGGGGAAGAGACGGAGACAGAGACAGGGGGGCGAGCCACAGCCGCAAGCAGAGGCAGCCGCUAAGACUCCAGGUGCUGGGAGGAGAGGGAGUGGUGGUGAAGGAUGAAGGGGUUCAGGACACAGAUGGGACUGUCUAUGCCUUGGAGGAUGGGAGACGAGCCGGAGAGCAGGAGGGCUCCCAGGAAUCCAUGGCAGGCUUUGGACAGGAUUUCUAUGAUGAGCAGGGGGUGUUUUCAGAGAGUUUCUGGCCCCAGAGUGAACCUCCUCAGGCCAUGGCUUUCAACCCCAGAGGAAGGGUCAACAAGCCUCUGACUCCACCUCCAACCACACAGUCCAUCAACAACCAGCUUCUUUUCCAGUACCCAGUGAGCCAGUCGCAGCCAGCUCCGUUUUACGUGGGCGGGCCCAUGGGUGGGAUUGACAGCAUGGCGGGGACGGAGCCCAGCCAGCAGGCUCCUCCCCCGGCGCCAAUGACGCCGGCCCCGCCUCCCUCCGCCUCCUCCUGCUCUGCGGGCCCCUCCCCUUCCUCCCAGGGAUCUGAGACCUCGUUCGACUGCACACACUGUGGCAAAUCUUUACGUUCCAGGAAGAACUACAGCAAGCACAUGUUCAUCCACUCUGGUCAGAAACCUCAUCAGUGCUCCAUCUGCUGGCGCUCCUUCUCCCUGCGUGACUACCUCCUCAAACACAUGGUGGUGCACACUGGUGUCAGGGCCUUCCAGUGCUCCAUGUGCGGCAAGCGCUUCACCCAGAAAAGCUCGCUCAACGUGCACAUGCGCACCCACCGUGCCGAGCGCACCUUCCAGUGCAACGUGUGCCACCGGGCCUUCACCCACCGCACCUUGCUGGAGCGCCAUGCCCUGCAGCACGCCCACCACGCCCCCCAGGCCCAGGGCCAAGGCCAGGGGCGUGGGCCCGACAUGACCUCACCCAACAAGCACAGUCCUCCGGCUCUGGGAGGGCCCUCAGGUAUGGCUGGCGCGGCUGGCAUGGUCGGCAGCAUGGCCAACAUGCCCAGCCACGGAGCUUCCUCCACCUAGAGAGAGAGAAGGGGAGAUACAGGGGAGGUUAGUGAGCCCAUUCCUUGAACCGACACUUAAUUGGUCCUAACAGCCUUGUCGAUCUUUUGUUCUGGUGGGAACAGCUCUUACAGGUUCCCGUUGUUUUAGCUCAAUGACACCUUCAAUCAGGGUUCCUACAGAGGGCUGGAAAGGCUUUUGAAGUUAGAAAAUAUGAUGUAAAUUUUAAAGGUGUUUUGGAAUUGCACAAAAACCCAGGAAAAGUUUGUAAAAAUAGUUGUUCCCUCCCCAGAAGCCCAGCUUAGGUAGUUGUAGUCCUACUGUCAUUCCCUGUGUUGUGACAUUUGUUGCUGUGACGACGAAUCAUAAGAGCGACAUUGCUAGCAAUCACACAGCUUGUUGAACAGCCAUCCAAAAUCCAGCCAAAAAGUUGUGUUUUUUUUGGUGGAGAGGUGAAGAAGUCUUGAAUUUUGAAUUGGAGAACAUGUAGGAACCCUGUCCCUCGACACCAGAGAGUCACCAAAGAGGUUAGGAGUACAGAGCAGGUUUGGGAGUGGGUGAGGGCGA